AUGUCGGAGGAUCGGGAACGCAGCAAGAUCUCGCUCCGGAGCGGCAAGAGGAAGGGCCGCCCCCAGAUUAGUGCACCUCGCCAGAUCUCGGAACCCAUUCUUCAAGAUGGAUCAGGUCCGGUACGGGCCUCCGGCUCGAGACCAGCGGCCGAUGCUGGCCCCCCUCCGGUCCAGCCAAGGCUGCGGCCACCGCCGCAAGCUGGAGGAGGAAAGACCUCGGACUUGGUGAAGCGACGAUACUCAACUCGAUUUAACAACCUGCCGAACGAUUUCGAUGUGAACAACCCGCCGGUACCGGCUAUGCCAUCCCUCGACAAGUACGAAUUCCGCCAGCGCAGAGCAGCACAACCACCUCCGAGUCGGGGAGGCGAUACAGCCCCUGCGCCAAUCGUAGAUAUUAAAGCUCUACGAGACCCUGGCUUGAUCCCAGAUCAAUAUGUUGCCAGCCUGCUUAGCGAAGCAUCCGAAGACCAAAUCCGCGAGUUUGAGGACAAUCUGCGCAAUCUCAAAGGCCGAGCCAAUGCAGAUCUGCAGCAGAACGUCAUGCAGAACCGCACACAGUUCAUCAAGAUCAGCAAGGAGGCCGAGAAACUGAAGAGCGAGAUGCGGGCGCUCAAAAACCUUAUGACCGACCUCAAGGUUAACACGACGGCACUACGCCAGGCCUCCAAUAAUGGGGACAACGCGUCGUCUGGCCUCAGCGGAGAGCUCACGUCGGGCAUGAGCAAGCGGGACAAGAGAAGUUCGGUCGCCGAUCGAAGCGCUCUGUGGAACUCGCAGAUGCAAGCCCUGUACAAGAAUGUCGAGGGAUCACAGAAGUUUUUGCCCAACUCUGCUCGCCGCCAUGUCAUCCAGAAUGCUGGCGCAUGGAUCGAGUUGGAUAACGCCACUUACAAAUCCCGCCGAGCGAUGCAGAUAUUCCUCCUGAGCGACCACCUCCUCAUUGCUUCUCGCAAGAAGAGAAAGGCGGAUGUGCCUCCGCGUGAGGCUCAGGGCCCUCUCGUUAAGUUGGUUGCAGAUAGGUGUUGGCCACUGCUUGAUAUCGAGGUGGUGGACAUGGCAGGGUCGAGCGAUAACACUACGACGAGGAACAAGCUAGCGGAUGCCAUCAUGGUUAGAGGCGUCGGCCAGGAAUCCGUCAUCUACCGAACCGAGAAGCCCGAGGAUACGGAGAAGAACAGUCUGCUUCUGAACAUUCGCAAGGCGGUAGAAGAGCUCCGCAAGGAGAGACAGUCAGAGCUGGAGGCCACCAACAAGGCCAAGGAGACAAUCAACUACUUUGCAUCCCGGGACCCUGGUCUGCUUCAAAAGACAGAGCUGUUGGAGACGCUAUCCGACAUCAAGGAUAUGCUCAUCGAGGUGGAUGGGAAGCAGCAGAACCUGCGAUGGGUGGAGAGUCAGAUGGAUGAGCUGGAUAUCGACAUUGCACUACAGAGCUUCGAGCCGGCUGUUGGCCGCGUUGAGAAGCUCAAAAACCUCGCCCGAGGCCUAAAGAACAACGCGGUGGCGCAGGACUUCAUCAGCUUCAAGGUCGAAGAGCGAUGCGCGAAGCUGGCGGGCAUGAUUAUUCGCGAGCUGGAGACAACGCACACUGCGCCCACAAAAAACAAACGCAACAUUAGCUGGUUGGCAAGACUAGGCUACGAGGACAGAGCCCGCGAGGCGUAUCUGCUCGCGAGGCACGAUAUUAUCCAGAAGAGGUCGAGACAAUGCAUCUUCCAGGGCGACUUGCACCUGUAUAUCUGGGAGGUGUCGUUUGUUUACUUCUCGCUCAUCCGCAACACUGUGAGCUGUUUUCACUCAUGCUUUCCCCCGCCGAUGAUGAGCGCCUGCGUCAAAUGGGCCAAGGAAGAAGUAGAAGCCUUCAAUGCUAUCCUCGCCCGUCAGCUCAGCGGCACUGAGCGCGGCGGUAAGGUGUGGAACGACUGCAUGGAGCGUGCUCACGAGCACGCAAAGAUGUUGAACGAGGUGCAGCUAGAUUUCCGCACUCUCGUCGGGCGGGACCUAGAGCAGCCAUCGGGAGUCGCCAGUCCUGUUGGUCUGGGGUUGUCGUAG